AUGAAGUUCUUGGGUCUAUUGUUCGCUGCUGAUGCUUGCGCUUCCGUUUCGGACUUGCUGGCACCAAGACAGGAUCUAGGAGCAAUUGGCGAAGCUACUUGCACAGAGAUUGGCAAGAAUCUUGCCAUUGAGAAUGUUACUGUCAACAUUGCAGAGGUAAGCUCUAACGGUGUGGUUAAUCUCUAGAGAUAAAACUAACUCCAAGAAGUAUCUCCCAGCGGGAUCAAACAUCACUCUUUCACAAGAUUACAAUCUCCCUACCUGCGGUUACAAAUUUGUUGUUAAUCCAGUGGAUAUGUGUCGUCUUGCGAUGAGAGUUGAGACCAGCAACCAAAGUGGUGAGUUGAAAUUGCUCUCUUUCUUUUGAACACUAUUGACAUUCAGGCUAGAAAUUACCCUUGAAGCUUGGCUUCCCACAAACUGGACCGGUCGUUUCUUGAGUACUGGCAACGGAGGUUUGAGCGGCUGUAUUCAAUGUAUGAAGACUUUCGGUGGUCGCUUAUUUAAUUGCUGAUUUAAAGCUAGAUCCUGAGCUCGCGUAUACUGUAGGCUUGGGCUUUGCAACAGUUGGUAAUUCAUCAUUAUCACUCCACCUUUUCAUAAGCACUCACUAACUCCGAUAGGUGGUAAUAAUGGCCAUAACGGCACAUCUGGUCAGGCUUUCUAUAACAAUCUUGAUAUCGUCCAUGAUUUUGCGGAUAGAAGCAUCCAUACGGGCGUGGUGGUUGGUAAAGAAAUCACUGCUCAAUACUACGGCUGCCCUCACAAGAAAUCGUAUUUUGUCGGGUGCAGUACUGGUGGUCGACAAGUUUUCAAAGCUGUUCAGUCAUAUCCCGAGGAUUUCGAUGGCGUAGUUGCUGGUGCCCCAGCGUUCUCUUUCAUAGCGCUACUGGCCUGGUCCGGUCACUUCUAUCCCAUUUUUGGAGACCCAGGUAAUAGCAAAUAUGUCCCAGCAGCAACUUGGACAGCCAUUCAUGAGGAGGUACUCAAGCAAUGUGAUGGAAUCGACGGUGUUGUGGAUGGAAUUCUUGAGGAUCCAUCUCUGUGUAAUUUCAGACCGGAAGCCAUGCUCUGUUCAGGAGAUAACACCAAUUCAACGACAUGCUUGACACCAGAUCAAGCCGGUGCUGUCAGAGAAGCGUAUUCCGAUUACUAUGGCGCCGAUGGUAAACUCAUUUACCCAAAAAUACAGCCAGGAGGUGAACAAGUUGCGGCCCGCAUGAUGUAUACAAAUGGUCCUUUCCCGUAUACCUCGGAUUGGUACAAAUACGUAGUUUAUAGUAUGUCAAAUCAUUUUCCUUCUACAGAACUCUCAUUUAACAGCAGUCCAGGCAACCCAGACUGGGAUCCCAAAACAUUCUCCAUCGCAGACUACGCCGCAGCUUUCGCUCAAAACCCAUUCAAUAUCGAUACCUGGGACGGCGAUCUCUCUGCUUUCCAAAAUCGCGGAGGCAAAGUGCUUUCCUAUCACGGCGAGCAGGAUGGGAUCAUCAGCAGUUUAAACUCGCCUCGUUACUACAACCAUGUCUCGCGUACAAUGGGUAAAACAUCUGACGAGCUUGAUGACUUUUACCGCUUGUUUCGUGUCGGAGGUAUGGGGCAUUGUUAUGGUGGCGAUGGUACAAGUUUUCUAGGUCAGCAGGGCAGUUCUUUUGCUGGCGAUCUGGAUCCCCAAAACAAUGUCGUUAUGAGGAUUGUUGAUUGGAUUGAGAAUGGAAAUGCGCCAGAGACUAUCACAGGAAAGAAAUAUGUCAACGUGAGUAGCACCCGUUCCCUGUUUUCCGAGAUGAAAAGUCCAAAUCAGAUUACUAACUUGUUCCUGAAUAAAUAGGGCGUUGUAGCACAAGGUGUUGAGCUCGUUCGCAACCACUGCAAGUAUCCUCUCAGAAAUGUCUGCAUUGACCCAGCGAAUUAUACCAAGGCCGAGGCAUGGGCUUGUAUUGUCUAA